AUGGGCUACCCCAGCAAUACCGAGGAUGGGGACGGUUGUGGUUGCUGUGGGUUCCUCGCGGCGUGGUUUCCAGGGCAGCGCAGCUCUUCCCCGCGUCGUCCGAUUCAAGACGAGUCGACCUCCAGUCACAGCUCCGGCUCCCCAGGUAGCAAGAGCAUCUCCUAUGAUGGUGCGGGCGAGGAGAACGAGCGCCUCUCGUUCGACGAGUUAGGGUCCUCGGCAGCCGGGUUGUGGGACUCAGUUGGCGGUCUAGCGUCCCCAGACAGUUUGGAUAGUGAUGCACCGUCAGAUGAGUCGGACCCACAAGAGCGGGCUCGACGUGCGGCGGCGUCGUUCCUCCAGUGGAAAAACAAGGAAUACGUGCCGCUCAGCUCUGAUGAAAAGCGAGCCAUCAAGGAGUACCGCAAGUCAAUCGCACAAGUGGAAGGCUCUUACAUGAACGCGCGGGCCCAGCGGUCGCAGGAGGGGACUCCAAAGCGGUUCACAUCGCACGUGGACGAGUGCGCCAAUCUCGAUUGUUCGACCGAGUGUGGUGAGCUGAUGCGGCGCCGCAGUAGCGCAAUCCGCUUCAUACCUGCGGCGAUGGCCAGCAAGGCUGUUGGGGUGCACAACGAUGCACACAUUGAGGUAACAGACGCCGGUGAAGAGGUGCCGGCACUUCUCCACUCCGCCUCGAUUCUGCAGCAAUCUUACGUAACGAGUUUGACGGAGGAAUCCCCGGCAUUCGUGGAGGACUUGCAGUACUGA